AUGUUGUGGGCAGUUGGCAUUAUCGAUGCCGCAGCCAAGCAGCGUGGACAGCGUCUUGGGAUGGUCCUCGGAGUGGUUGUGGUUGGAGGUGGAGGUGGGAGGGGCGGAGCCCCGGGCUUCCCUGAUGGCUUGGAGGUCGGCGGCAGCAAGACAAUCCCAGUCGGGGCAGUUGAGAUGUGGCUUGGAGAGGGCGGAGCCCAGUUGAGACAACUUGAGAGACACAUCGUGCAGCUCACUCCCGAAAUUGUGGAAGAAGGAGACAAGCUCCCCGGUGGUGCGCGGCGUCCGCCUGGUGAGGCAGGUGAGGUAGGAGGCCAAUGUCAGCAAGGGAUCCUCGCCGCCGCAAGUGGGAGUGAGGAUGUCGUUGAGUAUGUUGCCAGUUUGCUGAGAUACAGGCAAAUCACCGUGCUUGAAUCCCAUGUUGACACGGCUCUUGCGGCAGAUGUUGCACGAGUCGAAGGGGUGAGUCUUGAAGCUGGAGUCGGGGGCGUCAGUCAGGAAGGCCUGGAGGGGAGAGUUGGGGACAUUAUUGCCAUAUUGACAAUCUCGCCAACCGCCGUCCUUGGUGUUACGAGAACACUGCGACUUUAA